UUGUUGUUAUAUUUGGUCGUUUUUUAUAUUAUUAAUCAAUCAGAUUUUUGCUUGAAAAUAAUAGUUUAAAUUUUUGGCCAUCGUAAUUUAUGCCGCCGAAAUAGAAUUACCGGUGUUGUUGUUCUUUUUUGUUGAGUUGACCACCUUACGCUCAAAAGAUGGCGGAGAAGAAGAAAGAAGGUGAACCCGAAGGUGAAGAGGAAUUUUCUGUGGAAAAAGUAUUAGAUCGGCGUGUAAGAAAUGGAAAGGUGGAAUACUUUUUAAAAUGGAAAGGCUACAGUGAUGAGGAUAACACUUGGGAGCCUGAAGAAAAUCUUGACUGUCCUGAUCUUAUUCAAGCCUUUGAAGAAGCUAGAAAGAAAAAAGAAGCGGAGGGCAAAGUUAGUAAAACUGACAAGGAUUCAAAGAAAAGAAAAUCUGCUGCAGCAACACCUGAUCUAAAAGGGGCAAAAAAAAGUAAAAGCGAUGACAAGAAAGCUUCCGGAUUUGACCGUGGCUUGGAACCAGAAAAAAUUAUAGGAGCGACAGACAGUAGUGGAGAGUUAAUGUUCCUCAUGAAAUGGCAGGGCACUGAUGAGGCUGAUCUUGUACCAGCGAAACAAGCGAAUGUACGAUGUCCACAGGUUGUGAUACAGUUCUAUGAGGAAAGGCUAACGUGGCACACGCCAGCAGCAGAUGAGGGCACUAAUGAUGAAUAGGUAUAUCAUUCCACGAAGAAAAGCUAAUAAUGCAACAUACAUUAGUUAUAUAAUAGCAAGUAAAUAGUUUUUUUAAAACGACUUAUUGGAGUUAUAACAUUUUUAAGCAAUUAACUAACUUCAUUUAGGCUGUUUGUUGUAUUAUUAAAAAAAGUUUUUUUUCAUCUCAAUCAGUGAUUAUUGAAUUUUAAUAUAAAACAAAACAUAUGUUGCUUUUCUGGACAACAUUCUUAUAAGAUUAUUAGACAUCUGAAAAUGUAUUAAUACAUUACUACUAGAGCUGGAUCUAAAGUGAUUAUAAUUAAUUUUAAAUAUAGUAUAUGCAAGUGUCCACAUUUUUUAUAUUGUUAAACAAAUAUAUAUUAAUAUUAUAUAACAAUUGGUAUUUGACACUUGAAAAAUUGACUAUAGCUUCGGUUUCUUUAAAUAUUUAAAGAUUUUCUUUGACAUCUCAAAGUUAAGUUUUAAGAAACAUUAAGGGGGUAGGAGUAAUUAAUAAUUUGGAAUAAUAGUAAUACAAAUUGAAGUUACAUUUUACUUGCUCAUGUAGUUGUAAAGACUUGAUAGAGCUGUUAACACGGAGCUCGUGUUAGAUAAAAUAUUGGAAAUACACAUAUGUAACAAUACAUAUAAAGUAUUGUUUUAAUAAUGAGCUCUAUGAAAUUCAUAGAUGAUACGUAAAAAAUUGUAUUGUGCAACAAUCAUCAGGAUAAGAUGUGCUUGAUGCCGAGUUGUGUUAUGAAUGUAAGAAAAUAAGGUAAUAACAAAAAUGGUAAGUAAGAAUUUCGAUGUAAAUGAUUUGAUUUAAGUGUACAGGCAAUAUAAAAAUGUUCGCCGA